AUGGAAUUGGAUUUGGAAUUGGAAUUGGAAGCCAAGGGUUGGAAUGAUUUGGGAGUCGUGGGCACUAUCUACGAAGAUGAAGAAGAAGAUGCAGAAGAUGAAGAUUCUUCCUCCAUACCUUCCAUUUCACCUUCUCCUUCUCCUACUCGUACUCCUCGGGUGGAAUCAUGGUUAUCGGCUAGGCAACUUGAUCCAGAUGUGGUGAUAAAUGUACAGGAUUCAUGUUUCCGCCUUCAUAAGGGCCCUUUGAUUGCAAGGAGUGGCUAUUUGAGCAGGCAGUUUAACAAAUUGUCUGAAAUAACCCUCAAUCCACCGUUAAACAUAACGGCCGAAACCUUCUCUCUGGUAACGGAAUUUUGUUACGGAAACCGCAUCGUCAUAAUGCCGUCUAACAUCGCGGCUCUUCGUAUAGCAGCCGAGCUGCUGGAAAUGACGGGGUCUAACAGCAUGAAAGACGAGAAUUUGCAACAAAAAGCGGAAUCAUAUUUCCGUUCUAUUACCGUUAACCAAGAGUACACAUCAAUUGUAUUGAAGGCAUGUCUCUCGCUGCUCCCCGAGGCCGAAACGACGGCAUUUCUAGUAAGUAGAUGCAUCGGAGCGUGUAGAGGAUUUUCAAUUGGUUUUGGAGUCAAUGAACCAACGGUUNUUUUGGAGUCAAUGAACCAACGGUUGGCCAACGGUCACGAUCUACUCUAUAGAAUCAUUGACUUUUAUCUCACAGUCAAGGAAAAUAAUGACAAAAUAACAGAUGAAGAAAAAACCCGAAUAUGCAAUUACAUAGAUUGCAGUGUCUUGUCCCCUAGACUUCUUAUGCAUGCAGUACAAAAUCCUAGGUUGCCUUUGAGGUUUGUUGUCCAAGCCAUGUUUGCUGAGCAGCUGAACACCCGCCGCUCAAUUAUCUCCGCGGUCGACCACCGUGAACAUCAUCAUCAAACGGAGGAGGACACUGCCACGCUCGGCGCGAUUCUCGAGCGCGAUGCAGCACUUCGUCAAGUGGCACAGCUCAAGGCCGCCAUGAGUGUGACGAAAUCAAGAAUUCAGGGCUUGGAGAAAGAGUUGAGUGGGAUGAAAAAGGUCUUGAACGAAUCUGAAAGCACUAGGAAUAAGAUUGAUUCGGGCAAGUCUGCUAGUUUUCGACUUAGUUCGGAGAAUAAGGUUGAAAGAGGGCAAAUUGGUUCGGUUUCUUCUGUAAACUUGCGCAGUAUAAGAAACAAGGUUGGAACGGGAGAAUAUUCUUCGUCUGAAGAAUCAUUUGAUGGAAGCUUGAUGGUAGAAAAGAAUUUGGGUCGAAGGUUGAUCAAUGGGUUAAAGAGUGUAUUUCGAAUAUCAUCGAAGAAGUUUGAGAGUCGAUGCCCCGUCAAAGUCGAAAGACAGGGUGAAAGAAUUAAAGAUGUACUCGAAAAGGAAUAA